UUCAUGACUAACAACACGGCUACCCAGUCAGGAGCAGACAUCUACGGAGGUCUAUUGGACAGGUGUACAAUUAAUCAAAAUGCUGAAUAUGAGAUUUCUUCAAAUGGAUCUACAUUAGACUACAUAAAUAACACCAUAAAAUCCUCCACCGAAUUAUCAAUCUCCUCUGGGACUGUUCAGGUGAUGUUUUGUAACUAUUCACAAAAUGACUAUGUUUCUCCAAGAAAGGGACACACAUUUAAAAUCAGUGUUAUGGCUGUUGACCAAGUUGGAAAUCCAAUGAAUGCUACAAUUCGCAGUUCUGUUAUCACUAAGAGUAGAGUUGGUCGCCUCAAAGAAGGACAGGCAGAACAAAAUGUUAGCAAUCAGUGCACAGAAUUAGAGUACAAUGUAUUCUCACAAGAUAGCUUUGCUCAAGUUGAACUCUAUGCUGAGGGUCCAUGCAUCAAUUUGGGAAUUUCAAGACAACUCCUCAAUAUUUCUUUUCAAUCCUGCAUAUGCCCUAUUGGACUCAAACCAAUUCAGUCCGAUACUGAGUGCAAGUGUGACUGUGAUCCAGACUUGCUACAAUAUCAGAUAACAAACUGUUCUGAGGAAAAUGAAACCAUAAAGCUGGAAAGUAAUAACAACAUAUGGAUAGAAGUCAUAAAUACUACCAACGAAACAGGGUAUGUUGUUAGUAACUGUGUAUUUGACUAUUGCGUAAAAAGGCCAGUUAACAUCAGUCUAAGCAACCCUGACGAACAGUGUGCCUAUACAAUCGAAGUGGUGUCUUGUGUGGAGAAUGUGAACCAGGGCUCAGUCUUGUAUUGGCUACGUCAAAAUGUAAAGAAUGCUCUAAUUUUUACCUUUUUUUGCUAAUUCUAUUUGCGCUGGCUGGCAUAUUGCUAGUUGCUUUAAUUCUCGUGCUCAACAUCACUAUAGCAACUGGAAAUAUUCAUGGUCUCAUUUUUUACGCCAAUAUACUAGCAGCUAAUAGAGCGAUUUUCUUACCUAAUUUAAAUAACUUUUUAACAGUUUUUGUAUCCUGGGUGAAUCUUGACUUGGGUAUAGAGACAUGCUUUUACGAUGGAAUGAACUCUCAAGCAAAAGUGCUCCUUCAACUUGUCUUCCCAGCUUACUUGUUUCUUCUAAUGUUUCUUGUUAUAAUUUUGAGCAACUAUUUUGACUCGUUUGCAAAGCUCCUCUCCAACAGGAACCCAGUUGCUGCCUUAGGCACACUCGUCCUACUCUCUUAUUCUAAAUUCUUACGGUUUAUCAUUGCUGCACUACAAAACAGAGUCUUGGAUUAUCCCGACGGUUCAACCAACAUUGUUUGGUUGUUUGACGGCAAUGUGCCAUACUUCACUCCCAAUCACAUUCCUCAGUUUUUUGCUGCUGCCAUUAUCCUCAUUGCUGGUGGAUUGUUCACUGUACUACUCUUCUUUGGACAAUGGCUUCCGCACUGUUCAAAAGUUAUGAAAUGGACUAAGAACACAAAAUACAUUGGCUUCAUGGAUGCAUACCAUGCUCCAUUCACUCCCAAGCAUCGCUACUGGGUAGGACUGCUCCUCUUCGCUCUGAUUGCUCAUAAUCUAGUAGUUGCAAUGGCUCCAGACACUUCUCUCCCUGUGCUAUCAUCUGGGUGUAUUGCAUUCGGACUGAUAUCAUUGAAAAACCGAGUGUAUAAAAUACAACUUAGUGAAUAUCUAGAAGCAUUGUUUCUACUUAACCUCGGCAUUCUAUCUAUUGGCACCUCCUAUGUUGUUGAAACACACCAACAACAAGAAACACUGGCUUUUGUUUCAAUGUCUAUAGCUUUCAUACUCUUUGUGAUAAUAAUCAGCUACCAUUUCCACCACUUCAUACUGAAGAAGACCAAAAUAUGGCUCAAGAUAAAGGAAGUUGUUAAUGAUAUCAAAAGGAACUUAUAUGCUGGUGCUGCAGACAUUAGACUCCAACGAGCUAACAAUGCCCGGGAAAUGUAUCAGCAGGUAGCCGAUGAAAAUGAUGACGAUGAAUUACUCGAAGCAGUAGACGACUAUGAACAAAGAGACGCCUUGAACCCACCUUACACUGAUGGAGCCGUGGAAGAAGCUGACCCUGAUCGUUACAUCACUCCUCCCAUCAUCAGACCAGCUGAGACUAUCCUACAUGGAUGAACUAGCCCCCCUCGCCGCAGAGGACUACAGACCAGCCCCUCCCCCUCAAAGAAUCAACCAUCGUCCGGUUGUUACACACACAGAAAUCGGUCCGAUACACAAUGAAGUGUGAACUGUCUUAUUUAGCUGAGGUACCUUUAUAACAUGUACAACUUAAAAUAAUAU